CGAAAUCGUCAUUCUGUGUGUCAUCGAUUGACCAUGUUGUCGUCGCUCAUCCGUCAAGCGGCAGUGCGAUCAAGCAAGUAUGGGGGGUCAGCUCUGAAGCUCACCUUCCCCCAAGUCCGCUCCGGUUCGCACCACACUCGUGUGAUGCCGUUCGCGAUUCCGCAUUCGAAGGCGUUCUCCACGACGUCAUCUCAGCGGGAAACGGAUUUGGAAGCCGAGAACACCAAGCUAAAGGCUGAAAUUGAGAAGUUGAAGGCGCAGGCGAAGAAGAAGGGUUUCGUCGCGAUGGUGCAGGAGAAUGGAUUGCCAUUCGUCUUGUGGUGGGUUACCCUCUACGGAAGCAGCGGCGUUGGUAUCUAUUACGCGCUCGAAGCUGGGUACAUUGGCGGCGGCGACGCCAUCCAUUUGAUUCAAUCGCUUGGCCUGGAUCAGUACAUCGACAUAGAAAAGCUGAACCCGACCUACGGCAACAUUGCCAUCGCUGUCUUGAUGAACGAAAUCCUCGAAGCCGUCCGCUUGCCGCUGUGCAUUGCCACCACUCCCCUCAUUAAGCGAGCGUUUCUGAGCGCCACGGGCAAGAACCCUGCGUCGUCGUCGGCAUAAACAAUUACACAUAUAGCUCUGUCGUCAGCCUCGAUUCGUUGUUGACGAGAUUAUGAUCCCCCACGAUUCUUCCGCCGUCAUGCGGUUCAUUUCCUCGCUGGCAAUACUCCGUUUCACUCGCAAGUACUCG